GAAGGGAUUGCUCAGGGGCUUCUUUAUCUUCACAAGUAUUCUAGAUUGAGAGUGGUUCAUAGAGACUUAAAGGCCAGCAACAUUUUAUUGGACUGUGAGAUGAAUCCAAAAAUAUCCAACUUCGGUAUGGCUAGAAUAUUUGGACUGAAUGAAUCUGAAGCAAACACAAAUAGAGUUGUUGGAACAUAGUAAGUAGUUCCACAUUUGUAAAUUGUCUUUGUUUGCCCUACCAAAUGUUGACAAAAUGGUGUUUUGAUAAUUUCUACAAUGGUUAUAUGUCCCCAGAAUACGCCUUCCAUGGCCUUGUUUCUAUCAAAACUGAUGUUUUUAGCUUCGGAGUUUUGCUACUAGAGCUUGUAAGUGGAAUGAAGAAUACUCAUCGCUAUCAUUCUGAGCAUCCACUUAACCUUGUAGGAUAUACAUGGCAGCUUUGGAAUGAAGAUAAAGCCUUGGAGGUAAUGGAUCCUACUUUAGAUGGAUUUUGCCCUCAUAAUCAAAUAUUAAGAUGCAUCCAUAUUGGCCUCUUGUGUGUACAAGACCAUGCCAUUGAUAGGCCAACCAUGCUCGAUGUUGUUUCAAUGCUUUCAAAUGAGACAAUGCCGCUGCCACAACCAAAACAACCAGCAUUUUUCAUCACCACUGUAGUUCAGCAAGAAGUUGGUGGUCCUGAGGUCAAGUCAGAGAACUGUUCCAUAAAUCAAGUGUCAAUUUCUGUGAUGGAAGCUAGAUGAUUGUUUCUGGCAUUACAGAGAUGCUUAUAUGACAGUUGCAUAAAUAAGGAUUUAGUUUCCAUACCAUACAGGUUGUUAUUAUGUUUGUUUGUACACUUAUGUCUUUAAAUUCUACAAAGUAUAAACAGAAUAAUGAUGACAUUUUUCA